CGAACCAGAAAUCAUUUUUACAGCUUGUUCCAUCGCAAGAGUAGUGAGAAAAAAUUAUAAGAAUUCAUUUAAUAUCAAGACUUUAGUGAAUCAGUGCCAUUUUCAGGAAUAAAGAUAAUCUUUUUAUUUAGACUUGAUCAUUUAAUCGGUAAAUAAGUAUUUAAAGGAUUCUUUUUGGAAAAAGGUAAGUCAUCAUAACAUGGGGGAGAAUAUGAACGGGUGCGUUGAAACAAAUAAUAUAUCGGCGACAAAAAAUGCAUGGACUUCAACAGCGUACAGCUACAAUUCGAUUUACGGUUUAGCUGAAUCAUUAGCAAACAAUCAACAACCUCAAGAAUAUAAUACAUAUCAAAAUCACGUUCAAAAGUAUGCUUUAAAACAAUUGGCCAAACAGAAUAACGGGUAUAUCGAAAUUGGUAAUGCUUGUCGAAUUCCAUCGCCACCGUCGCCGCCAUCUUUGUCUAAUAUUGAGGCACCAUCGCCACAGAGCUGGCAUGGUAGUCAAUCUUCGAAUAAUCAGAAACAGUUUGGUGGCGUUCAAUUUAAAUUGAAUAAAAAACGAUUAAAUAGCAGUCUUUUGAACGAAUUCGAACCCAUCCAUCAACAACAAGAGCAGCCCGGAAAGAGUCCAAAAUCAAAUAAAAAGAUUAAGAAACAGCAAAAUAAAAAUAAACUAAAUAAAUCACCUCGUCAAUCGCCACACAAUUCGUCACAAAAUGAAUCAAUGAUGAACAGUUCAAAUUUUCUUGAUACAAGCAUUUCUUGCAAAAAUUUAACAAAUUCUCAUCAAUUGACUCCCAAUUCGCCAGCUUUGCCAAAUUAUUAUUCCCCAAAAUCACAAACACAUUCCAUUCGCGAAGCUUCCACCACAUCUCUUGAAAAAAGAAAUAGUCCCAGUCGAAUUGUUGAAAAACCAUGGCCCGAUUGUUUAAAUCGAUAUAUUCAACGAUGCUACGCAAAGUGUCACACCGACGACGAAAAAGAUGAAAUUCAAAUUUGUCUUAAAGAUCGUAUUACGCAAGUAAGAAAUCGCGGUGAUUUGUGGACUAAAGAUUGGGACAAUGAACCAACGCCAAGUACUUACAAUGAAAGCACUUUUGCGACUCCUGUCAACGCAACCAAAUCAAAGAGUUCAGGUCAAUUGGCCAAUUUUCCGGAUAAAUCGUCGUCGUCAACAAACACACCGAAAAAAGGAAUUUCACCCAGUUUAGGUCUGCGGCUAGGUAAUCGCGAUAAUCGGGGUACUAAAAGAUAUAGUCGUUCACGUUCACGGUCCCCACAUAAAUCAUCGAGUCGAAAACGUCGUAUGCGGUCGCGCAAAAGCAGCAUCAGCAGCAGUAAUAGUAGUGACAGCCGUGACAGUUCACCGAGCCCACGUCGCAAAAAUCGUCGCACAUCAAGUUCAUCGUCCAAUUCGGAUGAUUAUAAGAGUUUCUCGAAAUCGAGUUACAAAAAAUUGGGAAAGCCAAAGAAUAAGAAAAAGAAUAAAAGUAAAAAAGACACUCACAAAAACUACACACCAAAAUCGAGUGGUGAUAUUGUUUUUGAUUCUGAACGAUUGCAACAACGAGCCGCACGAUUUACGGAGAAGAAGACAGUACCAACAUCAAGUACAUCGAUUGUAAGCCACACUCAAAAGAAGCAUAUGCCCAUGCAUAGUCGAUCAUAUGAUGAUAAUUCAGAUCAUAGUUUUGAUUUGAUCGAUUUUCAUAUUGUUGGCACGUGCCAAGACAUCGAGAAGUCAUUUUUACGACUCACAAAAGCACCAGAAGCGCACGAAAUUCGGCCGGAAAAGGUGCUUGUUUUAUCAUUGGCCAACGCUAAAUCUAAAUGGAUCGAAAAACAUGAUUAUUACUAUGCAUGCGAUCAACUUAAAUCCAUCCGACAAGAUCUAACUGUUCAAGGUAUUCGAAAUGAAUUCACAAUUCAAGUGUAUGAAACACACGCACGCAUUGCCAUGGAAAAAGGUGAUCACGAAGAAUUCAAUCAGUGUCAAACACAAUUGAAAAUGUUGUACGCUGAUCUUGGGGGAAACAAUCGUCUUGAAUUCAUAGCUUAUCGUAUUUUGUACUAUAUUUUCACGAAAAAUACUUUGGAUUUAACGACAAUUCUUAAAUCCUUGACGAAUAGUGAAAAGGACGAUGAGUGUAUCGCACAUGCAUUGAAAUUGCGUUCAGCAUGGUCUUUGGGAAAUUUUGUGAAAUUUUUCAAUUUAUACAAAACGGCACCAAAAAAUGCACGGCAUUUGAUAAAUUGGUUCAUUGACAGAGAACGCAAAAUCGCCCUAAAAAAUAUCAUCAAAACCUAUCGCCCAAAUUAUCCGGUCGAAUUGGUUGCAAAAGUGCUAGCGUUUGAAUCGUGUGAAAAAUGUGUUGAGUGGAUGACGCCGUUUAACGUGGCAAUUACCGAUAACACAACAAUUGAUUGCAAAACAAGUGCCUCAGUAGCAAUUCCUCUAAUUGUCUGAACAUCUUCGAAUCCCAGAACUAUCAAAAUAAGUUUCAUCGAAACACAAAUACUCAUUUCCUGUGAUGUAACUCAAAUUGCAUCUGGACCAAUCAUAACAAUCCUAAUAGAAACAAAUUUAACUGAUCGACAA